UCCCCGAGUUCUCCGAUAUUGUCGCAUCUUCAAUAUAAGCCUUCUUACGAGCACAUCAUCCGGCAGCAGACCCUUCACUAACCGUCGUGCGAAUUGACAUAUUAACGAGGAAUUCUGUUACAAGAAGCAGAAUCUUGGUUUUACAAGUCGAAGACCUGCUGCAUCUUUACCGAGAGCUAUCCACAGAAAAUGCAAUUAGGUGGAUUGGGGAACGUUGACCUUUGGAGUCUUCUAAAGCCUAUCUUCGAGAGUGACCUGGAGGUCAUUUUCGUGGCUCUAGGAGGUUAUCUCUUGGCUAGAAAUGGCUUUCUUACACGCCAAUCGCAAAAGGUUCUUUCAAAUCUCAAUGUUUACUUCUUCAUGUCCUGUCUUGUGUUCGAAAAGAUUGCUGGUAGUUUGACGCUGGAAUCAUUAAUUGACCUGUGGUUGUUGCCUAUUCUCUACACAAUUAUUACAGCUGCAUCUGUGUUCGUUGCUUACGUCCUCGCUAGAAUCUUCCGUUUGUCUAAGCGUGAGCGGAAUUUUGCUACUGCAUGCAUCGCUUUCCAGAAUUCCAACUCUCUUCCUCUGGCUAUGAUUACCUCUUUGGCCGCUACUGCCGAUGGUCUUUUGUGGGAUCGUGUUCCUAAUGAUUCUCGUGCCCAGGUUACCUCUCGAGGCAUCAUGUACCUGCUUAUUUUCUCGCAACUCGGACAGGCUCUGCGUUGGUCUUAUGGUUUCCGUGUCCUGCUUGGACCUAAUCAACCUCCUGAUGAGUUGGACGAAAUGCCCCCAUCCGAGAGCAUAUCCGUAUAUGAACAGGCUGCUGAACAAGAGCGUUUGUUGGGCACAAGCAACGAUGAGUCUGAGCUCGCUGCUCUUACUGCCAAUGAAGGCAUUCCCACUGAUGAACGAAACCUCACGGCAUUCCGUGAUGCCCUGGCACACAAGCAUGGCCAUCUGGUGAAGCCUCCUCAACCUGUUAGCAACUCCACUUCGACUAUUGUCGAGAGUGACGCCGAUAUCUCUACCAAGUCUCGUUUCCGUAAGGCAGUGGUGUUGAUUCUUGACUUUUUCAGUCCUCCUCUGUACUCUAUGCUUCUUGCUUUGUUUGUCGCCAUGGUUCCUCCUAUUCAACGUUUGUUCUUCGAGAAGGGUGCGUUCCUUGAACGCAGUAUCACAAGCGGUGUUCGUAUGGCCGGUAGAGCUGCUGUUCCUCAAAUUCUUGUUGUGUUGGGUGCCAGUUUGGCUACCGAUAUGACGGGCAAUGGCCCGGAUGCCGUGGACAGCUAUCGUCGCAAGCAUCCCAACCGUGAAAAGCGCUUGAUUUUCGUUUGCUUGUUUGGUCGAAUGAUCGCUGUUCCCCUUUUGCUGCUUCCUCUCUUCGCAAUCGUUGCCCGUUACACACCUUUCAGCACAUUCGAUGAUCCCAUUUUCGUUGUAGUUAUUUUCCUUCUUGUUGGUAGCCCUACUGCCAUUCAACUUACCCAAAUUUGCCAACUGAAUGGUGUCUUUGAACGCGAAUGUGCUAUCAUUCUCUGGUGGUCCUAUGUUGUUCUUACUCCUCCUAACUCGCUUGUCCUGAACUUGGCAAGUUUGCUUGUCGUGAAAUGGGCCAAGUAAAGCGAGUAGAUCUGUUUCUUAUUUCUUCUUUUCCUUACUGAGUUUCACUUUAAACAGUGGUACACAUACAUACAUGUGCUCGCUGCCUUUACUAUCUGUUUCGUCCCUGUCGUUUUUAUACUAACUUACUACCAACACACUUCUGUUCCUUGUCUGGCCUGUGUACGUGUGCCAUGCCCUUCUUCACUACCGUUACCGCUGGAUAAUCAUUAGAAAUGUGUUCAUUUUAUGCUAUUAAUUCUUCGACACUUGUUGUGCGUGAGUGAGAGGCAUGUCGUUGCAGGCUUGUUGACUGUCCUCUACGGAGGGAAGUCAAGUCAUGCAGACCGUGGACUUUUUCCUCAUUAGUCAUUAACGUCGUGUGUUUCGUGUGUUUAAUUUAUGGGAUAUUAUGAGUGUUAUAAACGCGCGUCAUUGAGGCAACGGAAGACGCACGUAUGGGGUAUCAAUGGCCUUCUUUCAAGAGGCGUGAGGGUUUCAUGAGCACCAAAAAGGUGUGUGUGCGUAUGGACUGUGUUUGUGUCCAGGACGAAGCAGCAAGAAGGUGACUUCAAAGUUUCAUCAAAAGCAAAGAAAAACAAAACAAGCAACUCGUAACUCUACUCGGUGGACGAAGGCUGUGCGAAUUCAUCGCAAGUAGUCACCGUAGAGUAGAAACUGUGAAUACUAACGAAGAUUGCAAAGGGACCGACUGCUUGUUGCUGCAGACGAUUUGUGCUUUGUACGCUUCGCCAUUGAUGUACCCAUAAGCAAAGCCUGUGUCGCAGAGAAACGAGAACUGCUGCCGCUGCCGAUAUUGUGACGAACUUCUGUUGUCCUGCUGCCGAUGCUGCUGGUGUUGAAACACUUGGAAAUCUUCUAAAUCACGUUCUAGUUAAUAACUAUGUUCAAUGGAGCACGCAAACAAGUCUCUUACCUUGAGAUCCUGCUUCUUCUGCUUUGUGUGAAUAAUUAGGACAUCGUCGAUAAUCUUCACAGACAAUUCCUGCAGAGGCUUGCGUUUGAGUGGUCUUUCGACUUUGUACACAAGAGGUUUGUGAGCAACAGCUGAGAGUGUGUCAGUCGACGAGCUGCACGGAGGAACGUUUUCCUUGUCUUCAAGCACCUGCAUCACUCACGAAAGCCUCUGAGACAGACAAAGCAAUGGCGGGUGACGAACAACUGGAAGGAAGGCCUUAGAGCUUUAACAAAGGAACUGGUGACGACUAACGCUUGGGUCUGUAAGCGGGGCCAUUAAGCGAGUAUAGCGAGUCGAAGUGGGCAAGUGGGGGUUCGUGGAAAUAAGCGAGGUAGGCGAUGUGCCGGCGAACAUCGGUGAUGAAAGCGUCACAUUGGCACCGAAACAAAGCCGAAAUGACACCGAGUCUACACCGAAUCCCACCCCCCUUUCCGACGAGGCACCAACAACUCUCCUGUCAGUUGGCGGACAGAGGCCGAGUCCAACUACACCUGGCAAAUCUCAUUAAUGCGAAUUAACAACAGUGUGGUGCCGAUCGUGCACGCUACAGUGCUUAAAGUUCAUCGCCAUUAAUAGUGAAAUUCAUGAAAAAAAAGAAAAAACCUGGCACAGAAAGACAGCUUGCAGCGACCAAAAGGAAGAAGGCUUGGUAAGGCACGUCAGUAGAAAGAUACACACUUGCGUGUCCUACACAGAAUUAUUUUGCGGGCGCAGGUUUUAUAGAGAGAGAAUAGAAGAAUAGAAACUUUUUCUUUUACCUUUAUCAAUGCGAACGCAACAUUUCUCAG